AUGGCCAGCGGAAUCUUCAACUCGACGUACUACGGCAAGGACUACCGCGCCGGCGCCGCCCUUUUGCGUGCCCGCCGCCCAUAUCUUUUCAAGAAUGCCGUGACUGGGUUCAGCCUGUUCGCCUUCACAAUUGCUGUCUAUUCGUACACAAUCCGCGCCGUCGGCCAAGAAGAGUUCUCCGACGUCAAGGUGCCCGAUGCCCCGGCCCAAAAAUUGCCCGAGCAGAAGUAA